CAAACCGAAAAGGGAGAAAAAGAAACGCCAUCAUCUCCGGCUCGCUCGCUCGCUCGCUCGCUCAUCAUCACCUUUCUCUCUCGUUGAUCCGGCCCCUCUCGCCAUUGGAUCGUCUCCUCCGUCAAUCCCGCCCACCUGCGGCUGCGACCUUCGCCGAUGGCUCCCACCGCGAUGCCGCGUCGCCGGCGUUGCUGACUCGCCGGCGGAGCUCUGACGCCGUCCGGAGGGUCCUUAGCGCUAACGGUUUGGUUCCCAGCGACUUUCCUCUUUUCGCCCUAGAUAUUGAAACGAACAUGAACUCGUCGAAGCUGGGGGACGGCGGUUCUGGAUAUCCGAGCUCGGCCGACAUUAGCUCCAAUUUUCACUUCUGCACGCCGUCGGUUCCGGGAUCAGGGUCUGUCUUCACCAAGUCGAGAAUCUCCAAGAGGAGAAGCAUUAAUCGCCUGAACUUGAAUCAGGAGAGCAGAGCGGGUCCCGGAGCGAAUCCGUUCUUGUUCAAUCCGCGUGAUUCUGCGCUUGGCUCGUUUCCAAAUACGGCCAAUGCUCCUCCGGCGAGUGACUAUGUGUUUAGCGCGAAUAGGAGUGAUUCGGAUGGGAGUUUGGGGAUAGGAGUUGUUAAGGAAAUGCAGAACUUGAGAAUAGGGAGUGGGAAUGAGUCCGUGACUGCACGGAGUGGUGUUUCUGAUGCAAAUUCAAGCUCAAGGUUCGAACCAAAGAGUGGCAACAAUAAGAGCUUUAGCCUUGAUGAAUCAGUUGCUUCUGCAUUGCCGGAAGGAAUGAGGAAGCUGAAUAUCCAAGCUUCAGAUAACAAGCCUUCCAGUCGAACCGGGAGUUUUAAGUCUAAUCUAAGUACGAACGAACAGGUUAAAGUUGGUGUAGGGGUUGAUGCAGGCACGGAUGGUUCUGCUGGGAAAAAUGUGGAAGCCGUGCUCCUGGAUCAGUUGAAGAAGAAACUGAAUAUCAGAGAAGCUAAUCAACUGGACGGCAAUGGGGUUGUUGAUGAAGCUGAUAAAUUAAAUGAAUCUACUCGUGGAAGUAGAAAGGAAUAUAAUGGUGUGUUUGCUGGAAAUUCCGCGGCUGCUCUCCCUGAUCAGAUGACGAAUCUCAACUUAAGGGAUCCUGCAACCAUGGAUAACAGUACUGGAGAGAAUGAUUUUGAAUUAAACACAAAGAAAACUGGUUUUGUAUUUGGAGGGAGCACAAGUGCCACUGGUCGUACCCGUGGGGUGACAGAAACUGUACUAGUGAAUGAGAUCAAUGAGAAACUGAAUAUUGGUAGCAAAAUGAAUGAUUGUAUUGUUGAGCCAGUUUCUAGAGAAUUCAGUUUUCAGUCUGGAAUGGAAGUCAAGCACGCAUUUGGCAGUCAAGUUCCUUUAAACCGACCUACCGAAGAUAUAGGAGUAAGUGGCACUGCUACAUCAUCGUAUGAAUUCCCGUCAAGGAGCAUGCCUUUAAAAGGAGGGAAGAAUGUUUCUAGCAGAGAUGAGAGAAAUAUUAAUAUUCAUUCCAAGAGCAAACAGGAUGAUACUGGUCCAUCAUUUAUGCAAUUUAAGACGCCUGUGGCGAAAGUGGACCUGGCUUCUGGCUUCACUGAAAAAAUAGCAUUUACUGCAAAGAGAGAGGCAUUUGAUAGCUCAAAACUGAAGAAGAAAAAGGGAAAACUGAGGCAGUCCGCCCAUGUCCAGCCCCGGCUCAUGCAAUCCUUUGUGUCAAUGGAAAGUGUAUCUCUGGAAAAGCCGGAGGCCUCUGAGCCUUAUUCACCGAUGGAUGUGUCUCCGUAUCAAGAAACAUUAGCAGAUAAUCCAUGUUCAAGAGAUACUUCAGUUACUUCAAAUGAGUCUUACAGUCUGGACAAUGCCGAUGCCUCAGAUGCUCCUCACUCCACUUUUUCAAACGAUGCUAUAGAUGAAAGCCUCCUUUCUGCAGCACAGCGUAUGGAUAUAAAUGAUUACGAGCCAAGCAGAGAAGCAACAGAGGAUGCUCCUAAGCAUGGUUUGGAGAAGAGUGUCAACACUGAAGGCUCAACUGAGGAGCCUGCAUCGGGGGCUGAAACUGAAAGCUUUAAAACUGCUGCUGAUGAUGUAGAAUUGGUCAGGGAUGAUGAUGCUGUUACUUCAUCUGGUAGAACUGGAGCCUGUUGCAGUUUGAAGAUCGAGAGAAGUGAUGAUGAAAGGAGGAAAGAACAUGGCUUAGCUUCACAUGUACAAGAAAUGGGGGACGCUAACUUUACUUUUACUACCUCCUCGGCUUCUUAUGGACAAUUUUCAGCACCGAAACAUAAACACAAAAAGAAAGCUUGGGUGAAAUCUGUUCAUGAUUCCCACAAUUUGAGUUCAUCUCUUGAAAUUCCUUAUGCUUCAUCCUCCAUUCAGCCUUUUCCAUCUUCAGCCAUCUCGUUGCAUCUUUCCCCUCAGCCAGAGAAAGGGAAUCUACCUUCUUCUCAAUACAAAGUUGGAAAAGAUUAUGGGGUGGAUAAAGGGCUGGAUGGCAAGCUUGAUUCAACAUCUACUUCUGCCACAACCAUCACUCAGGAAGCAUGUGAGAAAUGGCGUUUGAGGGGAAAUCAAGCUUAUGCAAGUGGGGAUGCGGGUAAGGCUGAGGAGUAUUACACACAUGGAAUAAAUUGCGUUUCAGAUGAGAUGUCAAGAAGCUGCUUAAGGGCUCUCAUGUUGUGCUACAGCAACCGUGCAGCAACCCGGAUGGCUUUGGGCAGAAUGAGAGAUGCAAUAGGAGACUGCAUGAUGGCCAUUGCAAUCGACCCUAACUUCUUUAGGGUGCAAGUUAGAGCUGCAAAUUGCUACCUCGCCCUUGGGGAAGUUGAUGAUGCAUUGAGAUAUUACAAGAGAUGCCUGCAAUUAGGAAACGAGGUGUGUGCGGAUCGAAAAAUUACUGUAGAAGCUUCAGAAGGCUUGCAGAAGGCACAGAAAGUUUCUGAAUGCAUGAACCAUGCAGCCAUGCUCUUGCUAACAAGAGCAUCCAAGGAUGUGGAAGCUGCUGUUGAAGUUAUUGCAGAGGCUUUGGUUAUGAGCUCAUAUUCAGAAAAACUGCUUGAAAUGAAGGCCGAAGCACUUUUUAUGUUGCGGAGAUAUGAGGAAGUGAUUCAGCUGUCUGAGCAGACCCUUGAUUCAGCUAAAAAGAAUUCCUUGGAUAUAAAUGACCUGCUUGCUGAUCAGGAUGGUCUUGAGUAUUCAAAUAGGAUAUAUUUCAGAAUUUGGCGAUGCCGCCUCAUGUUCAAGUCAUACUUCCAAUUGGGAAGGCUUGAGGAGGGCCUUGCCUCACUGGAGAGGCAAGAAGAGUUGAUAUCAGCUACAAAUAGGAAUCGGAACUCCAGUUUAGCGUCGCUAAUUCCCCUGGUUGGGACUGCACGUGAACUUAUACGUCUCAAGGCGGCAGGUAAUGAGGCAUUUCAAGCUGGAAGGCAUGCAGAAGCAGUUGAACAUUACACUGCUGCCUUGUCAUGCAAUGUGGAGUCACGUCCUUUUGCAGCUAUUUGUUUUUGCAAUCGUGCUGCUGCAUUCAAAGCUAUGGGCCAAAUCACUGAUGCUAUUGCUGAUUGCAGCCUUGCCAUAGCCCUUGAUGGAAACUAUCUGAAGGGAAUAUCCAGACGAGCCACUUUAUUCGAAAUGAUAAGAGAUUAUGGACAAGCAGCAGCAGACCUCCGGAGGCUUGUUUCUAUUCUCACAAAGCAAGUAGAGGAGAAGACAAAUCAAGUUGGAGUUUAUGAUAUGUCUCUUAGUUCUGUCAAUGAACUAAAACAAGCAAGCCUACAGCUUAGUGAAUUGGAAGAAGCAGCAAGAACGGAUAUUCCUUUGGAUAUAUACCUAAUUCUAGGAGUAGAACCAUCAGCGUCACUACCAGAUAUAAGGAAGGCCUAUCGUAAAGCGGCACUUAAACAUCACCCCGAUAAGGCGUGUCAAUUUUUGGCAAAAUGUGACAAUGGAGAUGAUAAUCUUUGGAAGGGAAUAGCAGAAGAAGUCCGGAAGGAUGCUGACAGACUUUUCAAAAUGAUUGGAGAAGCACAUGCUAUACUUUCGGAACCUACCAAGCGUUUACAGUAUGAUCUUGAAGAAGAGAGGAGGAAUACCGAGAAGAAACGCAAUGGAGCCAGUACAACUAGGACACAUAGAGACGACCAAAAUCAUCCACUCGAAAGAAGCGGCAGCAGGCAGCAAAGGAGGGAAUCUUGGAGAACUUAUGGUAGUACCCAGUCUCGAGCCUCAGAGUCAAAUCGCUGGACGAGAUACACUUGAUCGCCGGGCGCGGUAUAAGCAUAGUAGUUCUGGGGCACUCCUGAAUACAGAGAAGCACGGCCCACACGGUUCUUCGCGACUUAAGGAUCCUACUACAGCAUAGGAUGUGCAGAGGUCUAGAGGCGAUACGAUUUCCUUUACCCCUCCAUAAUUGGAACUCAGUGGAAUGCGUGUACAUGGCUCUUGGGGAAGAAAACAAGCAGAACAGACCCACCCAUUUGAAACUUGUAGUCUAAAAGGAGGGAGAUUGCUCUUAGCAGAAGGGGAUGCAGUUUAACUGGAGUAAAGGCAACCGAUAAAAGUAGAUCCCAAUUAGUAUGGGAUGGAGCUUCGCUUGUGUUGAUAGACUGUUGAUAGACAUGACAAAGGAGAGGGCGAGAUGGAAGAAACAUGGGACUGGAACAAAUGUCCGAAUACUAACUCCUGACUUUUAACAGUAAAUAUCUCAGACAAUCUGUACAGAAUGGGGGAAGUGUUAUUUAUAGAGGCAAGACAAUUACUCAACUCGACAAGCUCUUCGGUUCUGGCAAAGGGUGAUACCGAUGGAAAUGGUUCUGCUGAUAUUCUUUCCUCUUUACGUAUCACAGAAAGUAAGUUUUUCUUAUCCCACCGUGUCACUCAUUUUCGCUUUUGCCCAUGCUCUCCAGAUACUCGAGCAAGUUGUCUUCUUGUUUCAGAUAAGAGAAAAGGGUUUGCUAUGCACACAGAUGAAAGAUGGUUUUGGUGUACAGUCGGUUUUCGAGGCCAUCAUCUUUUUGGUUGUAAAGUGGUUUGAUAUUUACAGUUUGUAUUCAUUGAUCAA